UUCUCAGUAUGUGAGGUCCGAGCCAACUCCGCGCGCUGCGAACUAGCCGUGUACUGUACAUACCUCCAAGUUUCAGUGCUUGUAAAGCAACGACCCCAAACACUCCCUCUAGAGAGAGGUAUGGAAGAUUCGACUACUUGUUCAUCGCUUUGGGACCAACCGGACGACGCCGUUUCAUCAACGCAACAACAACGCAAGGGCUCGCACAAGCGGGGCCAUCCCAAACGGCAAGCGACCAAGCUCUCACCGAGCCAGGCGGCCUUCCGAUUCCUCAUCCACGUGUCGGCCACCCGCGGCCUCCUCGGCCAAAACGGCGCCGGCGUGUCGCGCAUCCGGAGAGAGACCGCCGCCAGAAUUCACUGCGAGGCGGCAGCGCCCGGAUCCGACCACCGGAUCGUCCUAGUCGUCGGAUCCGCGUUGAAAGCCCAGCGCGAGGUGUCAAGCGCUCAGGAGGCGAUGCUUAAGGUUUUCGAGAGGGUUUGGGAAUCGGCGGUGGCGGAGAAUGAGAUUGAGGUAUGGUGGAAAAUGGUGGCGCACAAGUCUCAGAUUGGCCCGGUAAUGGGGAGAGGAGGUAAGAACAUCAAAAGAGUGAGCUGCGAGAGCGGCGCUCAGGUCAGGAUCUUCCCGGCGCCGGAUUGGAUGGUCAAGGACUACGAGUUGAUUCAGAUUACUGGUGUUGCUUCGGCUGUAAAGAAAGCACUGAUUGAUGUUUCUAACUGUCUCCAAGACUGUCCACCGUCAAACAAAUCCAUAACCUCGUUAACCAGAACUCUUGGAGGUUCUUCCGAGGGCUCUUCCCACGUAGCCUCCCCUGAUCCACAUGCAGAUCUUUCUCCAUAUUUUAGUUCGCCUGGAAACUCAGGGAUUAGUGCUUUGAAUAGCAAUUGGUCAAUACGAGCUGACGAUGGAGGAGAUUCCAGCCAAGACAUAAAGGGUACACAACAACAAGAAGUUGUGUUCAGAAUGCUGUGUACUAAUCAUGCAGCUGGUUGGGUGAUUGGCAAAAGAGGGGCCAUAGUCAGAGCUCUGCAGAAUGAAUCUGGUGCUUCUAUAAUGUUUGCAGCUCCUUUAACCGAGUCCGGCGAGCGUGUGGCCAUCAUCUCUGCUUGGGAGGACCUUGAAGCAGCCUGCUCUCCUGCACAAAAAGCCGUAGUUCUUCUAUUCGCUAGAAUUAUUGAGGCUGUCGCUGAUAAGGGAUUUGUAUCAGGCUUGAGUGAGGGUAGGCGUGUAAUGGCUAAGCUUUUAGUUGCAUCAGACUUGGUUGGUUGUUUGGGUAGCAAUGACGGUGAGGUACUUUCAGAAAUGAGAGAAGUCACUGGUGCUGACAUAUGGGCAUUUGAAAGGGAGCAGACUCUGAAUUGUGCUUCAGUUAAUGAUGUAGUAGUCAAGAUUACAGGAGAGUAUAAAAGUGUAAAGAAUGCUCUGUUUCAAGUCACUGGUUGUCUGAGGGAUAGUCAAGUGAGAGCAAAGAAGCCUUAUAUAAGAGUGACUGAGGAGCCUCUGAGAAAUGAUCUUGUUCCCAACAACAUAGGUGCUCUCUCUUCAGCAUUGAGGUUACAGCAGAUUACAGAUGGCUUUUUGGCUGUAAAGAAAGAACCGGAUGGUUCUACUUGUCUCCAAGAUUGUCUAUCAUUAGGCAAAGCCCCAACCCCUUUAAGAAGACCUCUUGGAAGCUCUUCCUAUGGAGCCUCUCCUGAGCCGCAUGCAGAGCUUUUCUCACAUCUUAGUUCGCCAUUACCACCUUUGCCUGGAAAUUUGGGGCAUAGUGCUUCAAAUGCCAAUACAUUGUCGACACUGAUACGUGCUGAUGGAGUAGUUUCGGGCCAAGACAGAAAGGGUACACGACAAGAAGUUGUGUUCAGAAUGCUGUGUUCUGGUCAUGCGGCUGGGUGUGUGAUUGGCAAAAAAGGGACCGUUGUCAGAGCGCUGCAGAAUGAAGCUGGUGCUUCUAUAUCAUUUUCAUCUCCAUUAACUGAGUCCCGUGACCGUGUUGUCACCAUCUCUGCAUGGGAGAACCUUGAAUCAGCGUACUCUCCUGCACAAAAUGCUGUAGUUCUUGUGUUCUGUAGAAUUAUCGAGGGUGUCAUUGGAAAGGGAAAUCUAUCAGGCUGGAGUGAGGGUAGACCUGUUACAGCCAAGCUUCUAGUUUCAUCAGACUUGGUUGCUUUUUUGAGUGGCAAUAACGGUAAGGUACUUUCAGAAAUGAGAGAAGUCACUGGUGCUGACAUACUGAUAUUGGAAAGAGACCAGAUUUUAGAUUGUGCUCUAGUGAAUGAUGUAGUAGUACAGAUUACAGGAGAGUAUAAAAGUGUACAGAAUGCUUUGUUUCAAGUCACUGGUAGUCUGAGGGAUAAAUUUUUGCCCAGUGAGGUGUUCAAAGAAGCAAGAGCAAAAUCCCGCUGUGUAAGAGUGAACGAGGGCCCUGUGAGAAACAACACUGUUCCCCACAACAAAGGUGCUGUUUCUUCACCACCGUUGUUGCAGUUGCCACAGACUGUGGGAAGAGGACAAACCGCAGGGAUUUCAGAUCAUGAAAGGUGCUUGACAACCUUUGGUGGUGAUUUAGAGCUCGGGAGUGGAAACAACCUUGCUACUGUGACAAAUACAACGGUCGAACUUUUGAUUUCUGAACAUGUUUUUGGCUCUGUUUACGGUCAAGAUGGGACCAAUUUGGAUCGCAUAAUAGAGAUUUCAGGUGCAAAAGUCGAAGUGCAUGAUCCUCGUCCUGGUGAAAGAGAAGGGAGGGUCGUUAUUUCAGGGACACCUGAUAAAACCCUUGCAGCCCAGAGCUUGCUUCAAGCCUUCAUCCAAUCUGCAGGGAAAACACCAUAUCAUUAGUCUCAUCUCAUUUAAUCAUCAAGUGAUUGAUUGACAGCUAGGUUGUGUUGCUCACUUUAGUUGUCCUUUAGGAGUAGCUGUUAUCGGUGCAUUUCUCAUACUUAUGUGCAGAUUCUACUUUAAAGCUCUUAUGGAAGAGAAUCUGAGCAAAAAAGGAAAUUAAGGGCGUCAUUCACUCACCUCUCACAAAUCAACUGAGAAAGAAAAAUCCGGCCCGGAAUUUUGUCGAUCACCUAUUGAGCUUGCGGAGCGAGGAUAAUUUCUUCCUUUUACGGUGGUGACUUCCACGUUAAUAAUAAUCAUAGUUAAUACGCACCAUGUAAUUACGGGAUUGUCUCUCAAUUUUCUUGUAUAUAUCCUAUUGUGUAAUCUACAUGAUCAAUCAUCAAGAAAAUAUACAGUUUGUAUGAAGUUUUUCUUUCUUUGUUUA